AAGAAGGAGCUUGAAUGGAUAGAGAGAGUGAGAUUAGAAGGAGCUGUUCCACUUCUUGAUCCGGACAAUUGCCGAAAUGGUUGGGCUUCUCCACCUGGAUACAAGUUCUUGUUUAGAGCAGACUACUUGUCAACCAGGGUUAAAGUUCCUGCUGGUGAAUAUCUUCUAAAGUCUCUUGGUUUCGAUUGGAUUAGAAGUUCGACAAAGAUUGGGGAGGUCUUAAAGCAUCCAAGUAGUCGUGUUAAGAAGGCUAUUGAGGAAGAGUUUCCAACAGGUGAUAAGCCUUUCGUUUGGGCUUUCAAUCUUCAAGUUCCGAGUAAGGAUAAUUAUAGUGCUGUGGCGUAUUUUACUACCAGAGAGCCUAUUCUGGAGGGGUCUUUGAUGGACCAGUUCUUGAAAGGUGAUGAUGGGUUUAGGAAUUCGAGGCUUAAAUUGAUUGCCAACAUUGAAGGGCCUUGGAUUGUGAGGAAAUCAGUUGGGGAGCAGGCCAUAUGCAUAAUUGGGCGUGCCCUUUCUUGUAAUUAUUGUGCAUCAGAUAGUUUCUUAGAAGUAGACGUGGAUAUUGGGUCUUCCAUGGUUGCAAGUGCAAUAGUUCAUCUUGCAUUUGGUUAUAUCACAACUCUGACCGUUGACCUUGCAUUUCUCAUCGAGAGCCAAACUGAAUCAGAGCUUCCAGAACAACUUUUAGGUGCUGUAAGAUUCUCUGAACUAGACCCUGCGGUGGCAAGGCCAACUGAACCAUAUCUUGGUAGGAGUACUGGCAGUUUGCAGUCUAAUCUGCCUACACGAUUAUGGAAGUCAAUUGGGCAGGGAUUUUCCCACAUGCUUCAUCCAGGUGACCAUGAAAAUGGCUCUAGCUUGGGCUCACCACGUGUUAAUGGGAUUGGAGACAAUGAAAGCAGUUCCAUAGAGAUUAAGAAAUGAUAGUCAAGUGAAAUGUGAUGGCGACAAAACUAAGUGAUUCGAAUUUGUUGAAGCAUCACGGAUCUAACUUCUCUAUAUCGACUGUUUCACUUGUGUCAUUGUCUUGGAUUCUCCGGCGCUAUGGGAUGGGAACUGAUGUCCUAAUUCCAGUUGGCAAGAUAUUCAAUGAUCAACUUUUUAAUUUUUAUAGGUACAAUUCUUUUGAUUUUCUUUUCUAUAUGUAUAUUUAAACGAGUGUAUAGAAUAGAGUCCCUCUGUGUAAAAAGUUAUAUCAGUACCAGUGUGUAUCUAGAUUCCCCUUCAUUGGAUAUUCUCUUCCAUCGGGCAAUGAUUAUAGCGUUUCAAUUUUUUUUCUCA